CCUCGGGUGGGUGAGGGAGAGAAAGGGGUUGGAGGUGGACGGCGUGUUUCCACUUUUCUUUCCCCAUCUUGUUAUUUUUUCUCCCUCUGUUUCUUUGGAGGUUUUGUGGGAGACAGAACACAUAGUACUACUAGAAACAGGCUCUCUCUCUCUCUCUCUCUCUCUGGGGCGAUGGUGAUUGUGAGCAGCUUAAGCCCGUUCCAUGCGCUGUCCUGAUCCUCCACUCCAACCAAUCGUCUCUAAAUCCAGCUUUCUCUGGACUACUAUCGGCUUCCCCAGGUUUCUGCCAGUAUGGACAUGAAUUCAUUGAUCUCUGACAUGGGUCACAGGUUCAGCCUACAAAGUGCUUUCAGGAAGUAUUCUGUGAACCAGAACUUUGGUUGCAAAUUUGGCCUCAUGAUGAUAAUGCCAUUGGACAAUAGCGCUUAACUUUGAUCCCUUUGAACUAUAGCAGAUAUUUGGCAUUUGGUUUGCCGAGAUCUAGUGGAGUGAAUUUGAGAAAGCUUGAUGGGUUCCAGAUUCCCAUCACAUCAGCUCAGCAAUGGCCUGUAUGUUUCAGGCCGGCCAGAGCAACUAAAGGAGAAGCCUCCAACAAUGAGCUCUACAGCCAUGCCAUACACAGGUGGAGAUAUCAAAAAAUCCGGAGAACUUGGAAAGAUGUUUGAUCUUCAUGUGGAGAAAUCAAGAAAAUCUGGACCACUUAAUAAUGCUCCUUCGAGGAACACAUCAUUUGGUGGUGCAGCCUCCCAUUCAGGACCUAUCAUGCCUAAUGCAACUGGUCGCUCUGGCUACUCAUCUGGUUCUCUUUCAUCUGCAGUUCCAAUCACUGGAGGCUCAAACAGACAGAAAUCCAAUUCUGGACCACUUAACAGACAUGGAGAUCCAGUUAAGAAAUCAUCUGGUCCUCAGCCUGGAGGGGUCACCCCAAUGGCUCGCCAAAAUUCGGGCCCCCUUCCACCAGUGCUUCCUGCAACAGGGUUAAUCACAUCUGGACCAAUUUCUUCUGGGCCACUUAAUUCAUCUGGCGCCCCACGAAAAGUCUCUGGUCCUCUGGAUUCUACUGGGUCAAUGAAGUUACAUAGCAUCUCCAUUGCUCAUAACCAGGCUAUCUCUAAUCUCAUCCAGGAGGAUGAGAAUACAUUCAAAGGAAGUUUGCCCAAGCCGAUAAUGUGGUCUGUUGUCCUGCUAUUUGUGAUGGGGUUUAUUGCAGGUGGUUUUAUUCUUGCUGCUGUUAACAAUGCCAUUCUUCUCAUUGUUGUUGUGGUUAUAUUUGGAGUGGUUGCCACUCUUGUCAUUUGGAAUACUUGUUGGGGAAGGAGAGCGAUCAUUGGAUUCAUUACCCGCUAUCCUGAUGCUGAGCUUAGAACUGCAAAAAAUGGUCAAUAUGUCAAAGUAUCUGGGGUUGUCACAUGUGGAAAUGUCCCUCUGGAGUCAUCAUUUCAGAAGGUUCCUAGAUGCGUGUAUACAUCUACAAGUUUAUAUGAGUACAGGGGUUGGGACUCAAAGGCUGCCAAUUCCAAGCACCGAUGUUUUACCUGGGGACUAAGGUCAUCAGAGAGGCAGGUGGUUGACUUUUACAUCUCUGAUUUUCAAUCUGGGUUAAGAGCCUUAGUCAAAACAGGCUAUGGUGCCAGGGUGACCCCAUAUGUGGACGAGUCCAUUGUUGUUGACAUCAACCCAGACAACAAAGAUUUGUCUCCUGAAUUCCUCAGGUGGUUGCGGGGGAGGAACCUUUCAAGUGAUGAUCGUGUAAUGUGCCUGAAAGAAGGGUACAUCAAAGAGGGCAGUACUGUUAGUGUAAUGGGGGUUGUCCAAAGGAAUGACAAUGUGCUGAUGAUAGUUCCUCCUUCAGAGCCUUUUUCCACAGGAUGCCAGUGGGGGAGGUGUAUACUCCCAGCAAGCCUUGAAGGAAUAGUGUUGAGAUGUGAGGACACUUCAAAGAUUGAUGUCAUACCAGUCUAGUGGAUGCAGCAGUUGACUUCACAUUUGUAGGGUAAUCAUAUAUGUCAACUCCAGAAUUUGUUUGUUGGCUGUUGGCAUUUGCAAUUUCUGAAAUGAUGGUGAUCAAUGAUGGAUUAAGAUGGAGGUGCUGUUUUCCUUGACUUGGUUUUGAUUGUAUAGCUUUUAUGUUGUUAUCCACCUUUUUGUUUAUUAAGAUUGAGUACUUCUGUAACAAGGAUGUGUGAUUAAUGCAGCAGAGGUGAUCUCCUUUGUGUUCAAA